GCGGUUCGAGUUAGCCACCACUUGCGCGCGCGUGCUGGAUGCGGCAGCUGAGCCUUUCGCGGCGGCAGGUGGCGGAGGAGUGAACGCGGCCGUGUGCGAGCGCGUCUGCCGGUGUCACACUGUCAGCGUCUGCGUCCCGGUCCGAUACAGCCGCGCGGCCCGCCGUGGAAUUUCUCAGGAUGAGUCUCGAAACUGAACUUUUGUGAAGUGUGUAUACUGGCUGCGCGGACGGGGCUGUAUGUUGGCUCCGGAGUGGGACUCGACACUUCUGCUCCGAGCGGAUACCUACCUGUCAUCGUCAGGAUGAAGAGCUCGCAGUAAAGUAAGUCGAUCGAUGAUGCGUUUGUGAUCAAAGGCAGCUGUCAAAACAAACAGGCAAAGAAAGAAAGAAAGAAAGAAAGAAAGAAAAAGAAAGAAACUCUCGGAAGUGCGAGGCAAACUUGAGGAAAAGAAGAACUUGCAAAGCGCGUGCUCGUACACACCGAUGCGCUGCAUGUCCACUGCGUAGCUCACGCUUCUCUGCUGCUUGAAAGAGGCGCCUGUUGAAGCGGGGACGGUGACAGCGCUGUCGCACAAAGUGUUACCUGGACAGGUUACAAGUGCCUUGUGUGAACAUGUCCAAGCCCGUGGACCACGUGAAGCGGCCCAUGAAUGCGUUCAUGGUGUGGUCGCGCGCACAGCGCCGCAAGAUGGCCCAGGAGAACCCCAAGAUGCACAACUCGGAGAUCAGCAAACGCCUGGGAGCGGAGUGGAAGCUCCUCACCGAGUCCGAGAAGAGGCCCUUCAUCGACGAGGCCAAGAGGCUGAGAGCCAUGCACAUGAAGGAGCACCCCGACUACAAGUACCGCCCCAGGAGGAAGCCCAAGACCCUCAUGAAGAAGGACAAGUUUGCCUUUCCGGUGCCUUACAGCCUUGGAGAUCACGAUGCGCUGAAGGCCAGCGGCUUGCCCACCGGACCCCUCUCCGAGUCUUUAAUUGGGAAUCCAGACAAAGCAGCUGCUGCAGCGGCAGCCGCCGCGGCUCGGGUCUUCUUCAACCCAUCCAUGUCUGCAAACCCCUACUCCUUCUUUGACUUGGGUUCGAAGAUGGCAGAGAUUUCACCUCCUUCCUUUCCGUACGCCUCGCCUCUUGGGUACCCCGGCAGCGCAACCACCUUCAGCGGAUCAGGAACUGUGGGGAGUGGGACUCACACACACUCCCACCCGUCUCCGGGCAACCCUGGCUACAUGAUACCCUGUAACUGCACAGGAUGGCCCCCAGCGGGUCUCCAGCCCCCACUGGCUUAUAUUUUACUACCAGGAAUGGGCAAACCACAGCUUGAACCUUACCCUGCGUAUGCAUCUGCAUUAUGAUACCUUGGACUUGAGGAGGUUUAAUGUGUACACAGAGUAUGUGAGAUAGGUUAUUGGAUGCUUGCAUGAAACUACAUGUGAUAAAACAGACACUUUUUAAAAUGUCACAUGUGUAUGUAAAUAAUUUUAUGCCUUCAUGCAAGGCAAUUUUUAAAAAGAAAUGUCUGUGGAAACUAUUUGCAACAAUCACGUGAAAUCCCAGAGGGAAUGAACAAAUUAUGCCUAUUUGUUGAAAAUUGUUGCCGUGCGUUUAUUAUAAUGCAGUUAUUGCCCUUAUAAAUGUGAAUGCAGAUUCGAAAAGGUACACAUUUGGCCAACCUGUUGCCAACACAUUUACCUUUUUUUCCGCUGACCUUGUUGAACCCAGAGCUGUUGACAGUCACACUACAAUUUUAAUCUUUCAGGGUCCUCUUGUGUUUUUUAACUGGUGACACAAACUGUUGAGAAUUAAUUAUUAUAGGUCCAUUAAUUAAUAUUUCAGGUUGAUUUACUGUGGACUUAUAAGAAAAGGCAAAGCCACCUUAAAGCAGCGUCAUGUAGAUCUUGUUUUCAGGCAGUCUAGCUGGAAACGUGUAAAUGUGUACAGAUAAAUGAAGACAAAUGGUCUUAGUUUCCGCACCGUUAGAGGUCCAGUUAGGUCCUGGAACUGAGUGGAUUGUUUCACUAGAAUCCCAAUGCAUAUUUUUCAGUUUUAAAUGCAGUACUGUUAUAUAUAUAUAUAGUUGUCUGUGAUAUUUAUUGUUUAGUGAAUGCUCCAUGGUGACCAGUUGAUUUUAAAGAGGACUUUACUUGUCCUGUAACAUUUGCACAAUAAACUUGUAGUGCGUGUGCAACAUUAUGUUCAGUCUUUAUUUUUUAAUGAAAUAAAUCCACUUCUUAACAUAGCCUGCUUAUUGAAACAUAUAGGUAUAUACUCACCAAAUGCUUUAAUAAGUAACAGUUUGUACAGCCCAUGUGAAAUGCAUGUGGAUAUGUUCAUUAACCUACUGGUGCAUCAAACUAAAGUAAGC